AUGCCUCUGUGUCCGCUGUCCCAAACCUCCCACACCUUCACACGUGUUGGGCAGUACUUUGCGGGUCAGUUUGUGGCUGUGGAGCAGGGAAGAGCUGCAACACCACCUGUGGACCUGAGGGUGGAGCAGGGAAGAGCUACAUCUCCACCUGAGGGCCAGAGGGUGGAGCAGGGAAGAGCUGCAACUCUUUUGUGUUCUCUCAGGGAGAAGCAGGCGUCUGCGAAGGGUGUGCGCCAGAAGGACAAGAAGCUGAAGGAACUGAUCAUUCAGGUGGAAGACGAGAGAAAGCAGGCCGAGCAGUACAAAGACCAGGCGGAGAAGUCGAAUACCCGCAUGAAGCAGCUGAAGCGGCAGCUGGAGGAGUCGGAGGAGGAGUCUCAGCGCGCUACAGCCGCCCGCAGGAAGCUGCAGCGCGAGCUGGAUGAAGCCACAGGGGCCAGCGACGCCAUGAGCCGCGAGGUCAACUCUCUGAAGAGCAAACUCAGGCGUGGAAACGAGCCCUCCUUUGGCAGCACAUCCCGGCGUACUGGCGGAGGCCGAAGGGUGGUGGACGACGCCUCCGAGGAGGAGGCCGACUCCCAGGGCGACUUCAAUGGAACCAAGUCUGCGGAGUGAGGGACGUCAAAUAACCAAAUAUCAGCAUUUUCUUCCUUCUGCCACUUUACCAAAAAAUAACUUCAAGCCUAUAUAGUUCUUCCACAUCACAUCAAAAUAUAUCCCAGUGUUCUGAUCUGUCGUCUUGUUUCAGAGCACCUUUUCUUGACACGCAGUAGAGUGGUGCGGGAAUGAGUCUUAAAAUCAGGGAAUGAGUUAGCAUCUUACCACUUCUGGUUAGCUCGUCUGGAAGUCAACGUUUUUGGUUUGUUUGAAAUAAGGUCUGUGGCUAAUACACUUGAUGAAAUGUUCACAUCCUGUUCUGCGACAUAAUACACAUCAGUAAACAUCUACUGGUGAAAAACAGGGUUGCUAACAAUUGGCUAUAUAGAACUACUAGACGUCAUCACGUUGAACAUUAGCCGCCUUUAGCUUAGCGUGAUGUGAAGUCAUGUAGUUAGUUUAUGGCACAGCGUUAGUUUCCUCAUUCUGUGGAUUGCAUUUUUGCUUGAACUAGCAUAACAUUGGUGUUAACAUUUGGAGUGUAUCCCGCUGGACAAUACAUGCAUUUGCUACAGAACUUAUCUUCUUCAAUAUUCCAAAACCCUAUGGAAAAAACCCAUUGGCUUUUUGUUGUGGGAGCCCUUGCGAUGCUAACUUCCAGGUCAUCCUUCAGAAAUACGUCAUCACUGCACCACUUUAUAAUCAGAAGGACUUGAUAUCAACAACAGGAGUUGUGUUGGUGGCUCUGCUGAUGUGUGUUUUGCUGUUCCUUUUUGUGUCUUUUUUUUUUUACACUGUUUUGUACUACACUGAAUGACUGAUUCCUUCUUAUGCAAGGUUUGUACACACACAUAGGUGCCUCUAAUUACCACGCUAACCUGCCAGCAAAGCCUCGGGCCUCCACUAUAAUGAAGUUAAAGCAGAGACAUCGUGUACGUCUAUGGACAGGUCUCCCUUGAAAAAGAGAUCUAUGAUCUCAAUGGGACCAAUCUGGUUAAAUAAAGGUUUGAAAUGAAAUGGACGUGUAACCGUCGUCCUGUUGCCUGUGACUGCUGUUAGUGUUUCUCAGCAGCACUGCCACGUUGGAUAUGUAGAAAGAGAUCUAUAUACUUGCUCUGCAUCCAGUGAGUGCUGCUGUUUGUACUCCCAACAAUUAUAUAGCUGUUCAACAUUUUCUAAAGUCACCGUUUUAUAUUAUUUGCACCUGAUCUUUUGCCCAGAUAUGUUUAGAUUAGAUUGAGUCAAUGUUUUAAGUCAGAUAAGGUUUAGGGUAACCUUAACUAUUGGGCAAACCUAAUUUUAUAUUUGUGUCUGUGAUUUACUGUACAUGUUUAAAACAGCCCCUUAUUUACUGAAAACCAAAUAUUUUGAUCAUGAUAUAUGUAAUCAGCUGAUGUUUACAGGACACCAAAUAAUAUAUGUUAACUGUUGAACCACCUGCACGAGAAAUAAAUAUAUUUA